AUGUCUCGUCGGAGGGUGGACGCGGUCACGGUCCUAACAAAAGUGUGGCUGCAGGAGGGCCUCAAGCUGGGGGGCUCUACCGAGAUCCAAGCCCAGGCCCCAGGCUGGGGGAAUGAGGACAUCAGGAGGUUCCGCCAUCAGCUGUCUGCGUAUUCCGAUUCAUCACUGAGGAGGAUACACGAGUAUUACAGAGAUGACCUGACCUACAUCCUGGAGAACCUGGACCCUCAUUCUGUCCUCGUAGAACUCAACUCUCGGAAUGUGUUAAAUACAGAUAAAUACGUCGGCGGAGUGGGAACCACUUUCUUCUCUCACAACUUGUUACAAGAUAUUCAGGAUCGGGGAAGGGAAGCUGUGAUUGGACUCUGGGAAUGUCUCUAUGCGCUUCAGAAAAAUCAUCCUAAUUUAUUGGGCAUUCUGGGGGAAAUCAGCCAGACAGGUGAGGGUCUUGUGGAUCGGAUUCUGCUUGAUGAACACGGACACACACUGACUCCGGAGCUGAGAGAAAUUCAGAUGAAGCACAAACAACAUCUGAUGGAGAGGACUGAGACUCUAGAGGAGCACAGACCCCCAGGAACUACCCUGGAAUCACAAAGAUUCCUCAUCAAUGAGCGUUAUGUGAACCUGGUUGUAGUCUCCACAGAUCAGUUCAGGGAACGUCCCCAGAAUGAGAUAAUACAGACCGGGGUGAGACAUGAGGAAUGCUUGAAGAAAACACAAUCUGGACUGGAACAUAUUUCCCCCAACAGACUGUUCCGCUGGAGCCCCCAGUCACAAUGUGCACCACAUGCAGUAAUGGUGAGCGGAGUGCCAGGAAUAGGGAAGACCACACUGAUACAGAAGUUUGUCAAUGACUGGGUGACCGGAAAACACUACCAGAGAUUUGCUUUUGUCUUCUUCUUCAGAUUCCGGGACCUUAAUAGACUGGGAGAGGUCAGCUUGGAGGGGAUGAUUCUUCAACAAUAUCCGUAUCUGAGGACUCAGAUUGGAGAUAUAUUACAUCAUCCAGAGAGAUUGAUGUUUAUAUUUGAUGGCUUAGAUGAAAGUGUUCACCAAAUGGAGUUCACAUCAUAUAAAAUGUCCAAUCCAAAACAGAGAACAGAGGUUGGUGAGAUUGUGGUCAGUUUGGUGAGGCAGAGUCUUCUUCAGGGUUGCUCUGUACUGAUCACCAGCCGCCCAACCAGACUGGCCUCAGUUGAUACUCAUGUCUUCCAGAGAAUAGUGGACAUCAUGGGAUUUCUCCCCAGAGACAGACUGAUCUUCUUCAGAAAUUUCUUUGGAAAUGAGGAAUUAUCAGGAAAGGCUUUUCAUUAUGUGAAGGAGAAUGACACGCUGUACACUUUCUGUUAUAUCCCAUCAUACUGCUGGAUCAUUUGUACAGUGUUAUCAAUGUGCUUCAGAGGCCAACCAACAAUCACUGGUCAGCUGAUGACAUCAUUGCCCAAAACAGUGACACAACUCUUUGUGAUUUAUGUCUCCAACAUGCUGGCCAAUCACAGCCAGAAUAAAGAUGGUGGUCACCCUGCCCGGGAAGUGCUGACAUCUAUUGGAUGGAUGGCAGAACAUGGAGUCAUGAAUCACAUGAUUGUAUUUGAUGAGCGUCAUCUGGACUCAUUCAGUGCGGAGAGGAGAGCGGAGCUGCUAUCCUCCUGUCAGUUUCAGGACGGCAGCGUCUCCCCCCUCUCGGAUUUGCCACUGACCUGCACACCCAACCCGCUGGACUGA